AUGUCUACCAAGCUUCCUACUGUGAUUUCGAACGGAAUAGCAUUUAAAAAAAUUCCUGUACAACUACUGCUGAAUAGUGGCUCAACAACACGAAGUAUUGUACCUGUCAAUGGGUCUCACUCGGCUCGACCAAGAACUGGUGUUACUAAAACAUGUGGACAGUGUGGAGAGAUCAAGACUUCUUUGCAAUGGAGAGAAGGCCCUAAUGGCGCUGCUUGUCUGUGUAAUGCCUGUGGUUUGUUCUUCAGGAAGCUAAUUUUGCGCUUCGGCAGAGCAGCGGCUAAGAGAUACAUGGAACAAAUUAAGGGUACUGGUACCAAGAGGAGAAUCCCAAAAGAACUUACUGGAACUGCCAGGUUCUGA